AUGAGUCGUCAUUUUCUUCCAAGGAAUGCUAAUAGCAACAGCAACAACGAUAUAUCACAUGCUGAACGUAAAAAAGCGGAUCAUUGGUUUCUUGGUGCCAUUGGAUUAGCAUUAAUACCAACCAACAUAGUCGAAAGUAUUUGGGCGGAUAUUAUGGAUUUAUACACACCAGAGGACGUUAAUGCUACUGAAUUCAAUGAUUAUUUAGUUCAAACCUAUGUAGAUAGUGAUACUAGUUUAUAUGGGAUUGAUAUAUGGAAAGUGUAUGAUGCAGUAAUUAAUGAUUUACCAAGGACGAAUAAUCACGUCGGGGGAUACAAUAGUCGUCUGGAAAGUAAUUUUCCAAAACAUCCACAUAUGAGUGAAUUGCAACUUUUUAUCGUUCCUAGAAGUCAAGACACUCUGAUAUCUUUUGAAUAA